AUGGAGUGGAGGCUGAAAAUGCACCUGCUGUGCAGACAUGUGCUUCCACACCAAAGUCUCCAUUCCCUUCAUCAGCAUUUCUCUUACUCAGGUCGUUGGAAUGGAGUGGAGGCUGAAAAUGCACCUGCUGUGCAGAGUAUUUCUAUAGAUGAAGGACUCGGUGCAGCCAUUCCCCAGCAGCAAAAGUCGAGUCGUGGUGAGAAGCCCUUACAAAUAGAAGAGGCCAGGAUCUCUGUAAAGAAGAAUGGCACAAAACGCCAGUUGAAGAAUUUACAAAGCAGGAACAAUGGGAUGGACGUGCAUCCCAGCCCAGGUUUUAGGCAUCAGCUGACUUGCAGGGACGGGGAGUCAUCCAGGAACUCUAACAGUGGAGAGGCCUGUCCCAGUGGGAACAGCAACUACCAAUGCAGUGAUGGUGGGAAAACCUUUAAUCAGAAUUCUGUACUUACUCAACACCAGACACUACACCCAGGAGAAAAGUCUUAUGAAUGCAGUGAAUGUUGGAGACGAUUUAAACAUAAAUCUAACCUUCUGGCGCACCAAACAAUUCAUAGUGAAGAAAGGCUUUAUAUGUGUCCCGAAUGUGGGAAAUCCUGUCGUUGUAAUACUGAGCUCAUUCAACACUGCAGAGUCCAUACUGAAGAAAAGCCCUUUACGUGCAUUGAAUGUGGACAAGUUUUCAAGUAUCACGGGAAACUCAUUCAACAUUUCAGAAUCCAUACUGGAGAAAAGCCUUAUAAAUGUGAAGAAUGUGGGAAAUCCUUUGUCCGAAAUUCCUAUCUCAGGGGACACUUAGUUUGUCACAGUGCUGAAAAACCUUUUAAGUGCAGUGAAUGUGGGGAAUCAUUUAGGUACAGACCCACCCUUAAAAAUCAUCUCCUAGUUCACACUGGGGAAAAGCCCUAUGAGUGCAAUGAAUGUGGGAAAGUAUGUCUGAAGAAAUCCAGCCUUAUUAAUCACAUGCGCAUUCAUACUGGAGAAAGACCUUAUGAAUGCAGUCAGUGUGGGAAAGGAUAUAGGCAUAAAUCUAGCCUUAUAAGUCAUUUUCGAAUUCAUACUGGAGAAAAACGUUAUGAAUGCAGUGAAUGUGGAAAAGCAUUUACAGAAAAGUACAGCCUUAAAAGUCAUUACCGAGUUCAUACUGGGGACAUCCCUUAUGAGUGCAGUGAAUGUGGAAAAGCAUUUACAGAAAAGUCCAGUCUUAAAAAUCAUUGCCAAGUUCAUACUGGAGAAAAUCCUUAUGAGUGCAGUGAAUGUGGUAAAGGAUAUAGGCGGAAAUUCAGCCUUACAGUUCAUAGGCGAAUUCACACAGGAGAAAGACCUUAUGAGUGCAGUGAGUGUGGGGAAUCAUAUAGGUGCAGACGUACCCUUAAAAAUCAUUUCCGAGUCCACACUGGGCAAAAGCCUUUUGAGUGCAGUGAAUGUGGGAAGUCUUUUACCAAAAACUCUUACCUUACACAACACACAAAAAAAGUUCACAGCAGAGGACAGCAAUGAGUGUGGGAGUCUUUCCUGAACAUCCAGCCUCAUUUAACAUCAGAGAGUUCACACUGCAGCAAAGUCUUUUAAGUGCAGGGAA